GGUAUCUUGGCUCUGGUGAUUGCUAUGGGAGAUUGGAUGACUGUUACAGAUUCAGGUCUGUGUUCAGAAAGCAAAAGUAUCUCCCAAUAUACCUCAGAAACAAAGAUGUCUCCAUCAAGUUUAUACUCACAUCAAGUGCUGUGUUCUUCAAUACCUUUAUCAAAAAAUGUGCACAGUUUUUUCAGUGCCUUCUGCACAGAAGAGAAUAUUGAGCAGAGUAUUUCAUAUCUUGAUCAGGAAUUGACUACUUUUGGUUUUCCUUCAUUAUAUGAAGAAUCUAAAGGUAAAGAGGCAAAGAGAGAAUUAAAUAUAGUUGCUGUUUUAAAUUGUAUGAAUGAACUACUUGUACUUCAGCGGAAGAACCUUCUAGCUCAGGAAAAUGUGGAAACACAGAAUCUGAAACUGGGAAGUGAUAUGGACCAUCUACAGAGCUGCUAUGCAAAACUUAAGGAACAACUGGAAACCUCCAGGAGGGAAAUGAUUGGACUUCAGGAAAGAGACAGACAGUUACAAUGCAAGAACAGGAAUUUGCAUCAACUACUUAAAAAUGAGAAGGAUGAGGUACAAAAAUUACAGAAUAUCAUUGCAAGUAGAGCUACUCAAUAUAAUCACGAUAUGAAGAGAAAAGAACGUGAAUAUAAUAAACUAAAGGAACGUCUGCAUCAACUUGUUAUGAAUAAGAAGGAUAAAAAAAUAGCUAUGGAUGUUUUAAAUUACGUGGGAAGAGCUGAUGGAAAGAGAGGCUCCUGGAGAACUGGUAAAACUGAAGCCAGGAAUGAAGAUGAAAUGUAUAAAAUUCUCUUGAAUGAUUAUGAAUAUCGUCAGAAACAAAUCCUAAUGGAAAAUGCUGAACUUAAGAAGGUUCUACAGCAAAUGAAAAAGGAAAUGAUUUCUCUUCUUUCUCCCCAAAAGCAGAAACCUAGAGAGCGAGCUGAUGAUUGCACAGGAACUGUACACUUAGAAGGUUUUAAUGAUGAAGAUGUGAUUUCACGACAAGAUCACGAACAAGAAACUGAAAAACUCGAGUUAGAAAUUCAACAGUGUAAAGAAAUGAUUAAAACUCAGCAGCAACUUUUACAGCAGCAGCUUGCUACCACAGGUGAUGAUGAUACUGCUUCUCUACUACGAGAUUGUUAUUUGUUGGAAGAAAAGGAACGCCUCAAAGAAGAGUGGUCUCUAUUUAAAGAUCAGAAAAAGAAUUUUGAGAGAGAAAGACGAAGCUUUACAGAAGCUGCUAUUCGCCUAGGAUUAGAGAGAAAGGCAUUUGAAGAAGAAAGAGCCAGUUGGUUAAAGCAACAGUUUUUAAAUAUGACUACCUUUGACCACCAGAACUCAGAAAAUGUGAAACUUUUCAGUGCCUUCUCAGGAAGUUCUGAUCGGGACAAUCUUACAGUACACUUGAGGCCACAGCAAAAGAAGCCUCACAGUGUGUCUAACGGGUCUCCAGUUUGCACAUCUAAACUUACUAAAUCUCUUCCUGCUUCUCCUUCUACUUCAGACUUUUGUCAGACACGUUCCUGUGUGUCUGAACAUAGUUCAAGCAGUGUGUUGACUAUAACUCCUGAAGAACCUAAACGAAAUCAGGUUGGAAGAGAAGGUCUCAAUCAGUCAUGGAGCAUGGCAUCCAGACCUGGGUCACAGGAGGAUUGCUACAGUGGUUGCUCCUUGAUCUACACAAAUUCUCAUGUAGAAAAAGAUGACUUACCUUAG